GCUUUUCCUCCGGUUUUGGUUUUUCCGAUCAUCUCCGACUUAAUGCUUCGCCGUAUCUUUGAAGUUUCACUUCCUUAAGAGGUUUUACUCUCCUCCGCCGUCGGCUUCGAAAGGAGGUAUUUUUUUUAUUUUUUCCCGGAGAAAGCCAAUUCUGAGCUUCGCCAAUGGCUAGCAGAGCAUUGAACCGGCGUCUAUGGAACUUAUUUGUAGAAGGUUCACCGUUCAAGAAGAGACGUGGAUUAUAUCAAGGAGUUGUUUACAAUGUUAUCAAACGAUUUCAGUCGCAUCUAUCAGAAUCAGGCAAGGUAGAGAAGGAGUUAGAAGAACAGGGACAGGGAGCAGAGAAGAGAACCACUAGUAGAGCUUCUUCAAAGUCUGGAUUAGAGGAUAUAAGACGAUUUGAGCCAGGAGUAGACAGUGAUGGCUCUAGUGAUGAAGAUACAGGUGAUGGGAAGUGGAAACUGGACCUAGCUUGGCUCACAAAAGCACUUGAGCCAGCUAUGCAAUUGCGUAGAUGGGCUCUUCCAACAGGAGAGAAGUCACCGCCUGGUACUCGAUCUCUGUCUGAGAUUAUUGCUAGUAUUCAGAGGAGUAAGCUUGGGAUUGAAGGUUGGACUCUUGGUGAUCUUACAAUUGGUCUCUAUCUUAUAUAUCUUAGACAAGCAUCCUUGUCUCCAUUUGAGGACGUCAAGGGUGUUGAAGUUGUUUCAGAGUCUACAGUUUAUGAUCUCAUAUACAAUGCUGAGUUAGCGAAAGGUUGUUAUAGGGAUAGUGUGACUGGUCUUGCAAAGAACACUAUGCUUCGCGAGAAUAACAUUCUUAAAUUUGUGAAAGAUUCAAGUGUUAUGAGGCCUGGUUAUUACAUAGGAGUUGAUCAUCGAAGGAAACUUGUUGUUUUUGGGAUACGUGGGACACAUACAAUUUAUGAUCUUAUCACUGAUAUUGUCUCGUCAAGCGAUGAAGAGGUCACUUUUGAAGGCUACUCAACGCACUUUGGAACCGCUGAGUCUGCACGAUGGUUCCUUAACCACGAACUGCAAACUAUAAGAAGAUGCUUAGAGAAAUAUGAGGGAUACAAGCUAAGGCUUGUUGGUCAUUCUCUCGGUGGAGCUAUAGCUUCGCUAAUGGCGAUAAUGCUCAGGAAAAUGCCAAGGGAGGAAUUGGGAUUCGAUGCUGAGAUUAUUUCAGCCGUUGGAUAUGCAACACCUCCUUGUGUUUCCAAAGACCUUGCAGAGAACUGCUCUGAGUUUGUAACAACUAUUGUAAUGCAGGAUGAUAUUAUACCUAGACUAAGUACAGCUUCUCUAGCGAGAUUGAGGAAUGAGAUCCUUCAGACAGAUUGGACGAGUGUAAUCGAGAAGGAAGAAUGGAAGAGCGUACUAGAUUUGGUUACAAACGCUAAACAAGUUGUCACCUCUGUGCAAGACGUAGCUCGAAAAGUUUCUGACUAUGCCAACUUCGGUAACAAGAAAGAACUUCCUGAAAUCCCAUCAUCCAAGAACAACCAGUCUGAAACUUUAAUCUCUGAAACUACCACUAAAGAUAUUGUUAAAGUGCCAGAGGAGUUAUAUGUGCCGGGCGCUGUUUACUAUCUAAUGAGGAACCUAAGAGGGAACCCGAAAAGCGCAGGAGGAAAACAAGUAGAGUACUUUAGUCUAUGGAAGAGAGAUCCAGGACAACAUUUUCAGAGGAUACUUCUUUCAGGUAAUUUCAUUACAGACCAUAAAUGUGAUAGCCAUUACUACGCUCUGCGAGAUGUUCUGAAAGGAUUUCCCAGUUUCAUCGACGAAAGCAUCUUCAACAAGAGAUGCAAAUGAAAUGGGAUCUCAUCUCUCGGUAGAACGUAAUGUUUUUAGUUUGUCUGCAAACAUUUUCAAGAAUAAAUGAUCCAGUUUAUCACAGCAUGAAGAGAUUUUUGUUUCUUAGAAACUUUGAAGGAUUAAUGGCAAGCUGGCUGUGAUUGGUUCUACUUUGUUAUAUGUAAGAAUAGAUCAUUAAUGUUGGUUUGUGUUUAGCAAACUGUUAUGCAUCAUACAUGAUUACAUUCAUACCCCAUGAGACAAUUGUAUAGUUUAAAGCUGAUUUGGGUUGCUUUACUUUUUUGUUGAACUGUUGUAUAAUACAUUGCAUAAAGUCCUCGCUUGAUUGUAUA